GCAGACCAUCGGCUGUCUGCUGCAACGGAUACACACAACAACAUGGCCGACGUAGUGGAAGAUGUUGUGAGCCAAGUGAAGGAGUUUUUGACAGAUGCCCCUGUAAAUGGCACCCGAAAAACUCCAGCCACCCCUGAGGGGAUGGCCAUGGCUUAUACCAGCCUCGUAGUCAUGGCUGUUUUGCCGAUUUUCUUCGGGUCCUUGCGUUCCGUCCGAUUCCGCAAGGUGCAGAUGGUAAGGAUGGAAUCUGGGGCAAAGCCUGAAACUAUGACAAGGAAAGAUGCAGCAUUCUUCCCCUUGAUUGCUAGUGCAGCCUUAUUUGGAUUGUAUCUUUUCUUCAAGAUUUUCUCAAAGGAGUAUGUGAACUUACUCUUGACUGGGUAUUUCUUUAUUCUAGGCAUCAUUACCCUAACACACUUAGCAAGCCCACUGAUAAAUACUUUAGUACCUGCUGCCAUUCCAAACAUUCCUUUUCAUCUCCAUUUUAAAAGUGGAGCUGGGGAAGAUGAGCAAGAUAUAGUGAACUACAAGUUUUCAUCUCAUGACAUUGUUUCUUUAAUUUGUUGUUCUAUUUUUGGAGCCUGGUAUUUGUGGAAGAAGCACUGGGUUGCCAACAACCUCUUUGGAAUCGCUUUUGCCAUUAGCGGUGUAGAAAUGCUGCACUUGAAUAACAUUGUCACUGGGUGCAUCCUCCUCUGUGGACUCUUUGUCUAUGACAUCUUCUGGGUCUUUGGAACUAAUGUUAUGGUUACUGUGGCAAACUCUUUUGAGGCUCCAAUUAAAUUGGUCUUCCCUCAAGAUCUUCUUGAAAAGGGUCUCUCUGCAAGCAACUUUGCAAUGCUUGGUUUAGGGGAUAUUGUCAUUCCAGGAAUUUUUGUUGCUCUUUUGCUUCGAUUUGACCACAGCCUGAAUCGUAAUACUAGAACGUAUUUCUACUCAACGCUGUUUGCCUACCUGAUGGGUCUCCUGGCCACCAUUUUUGUGAUGCAUGUUUUCAAACAUGCUCAGCCAGCUCUUCUGUAUCUUGUGCCAGCCUGCAUAUCUGUACCAGUUGGCGUUGCUCUAAUCAAAGGAGACAUCAGAGCUCUAUUUGCAUAUGAAGACUAUGAGGAGGGAACUGGAGAAACCACAGGCAAGAAGCAAGCACCAUCAAAAGAAAAAAAACAGAAAUAAUCAUAAGGUUAGCAAAUUAAUUUCUAUAAAAUGUUUCUUCAUACUUGCAACAUUUUCCCAUUAAUGUUUCAUCAAUCUCUAAACUUCAUAGGAGAAAUGUGUUUCAUGAACUCAGCUUAAUCUCUCUGUACUCAUGUUAAAUUCUCAUUCCAUGAUUGUUUGUACCAACAGAGGCAUGGGUGAGGUGACACAAUGAUUUCUGUUAUUAUGACAAUGUUUUGAUUUUUUUUUUAAAUUGACCGAUCAGGCUGCUUUUUUUUGUUUCUGUUUUUUUAAGUAACCAUUUUAUUUCUUUUGAUAAAUGUGUCUUCCUCACACAACUUAUGUGCUUCCCUUCAGAACUGAUUUGCAUACCUUAUGUACACAGCUGGGUUCAUAUCUUUUAAAUGACACGGCACAAUAUGUUAGCCUGUAUUAGGUUCUAAAGAACUUUCAUCUCUCAACAUGUGUUAUUCUCUAGAGUUGCAUUUAAGCUAACCAACCAUCACUAGGUGUCAUAUUGUAACAUCUUGGUUUCAGUUAUCUCGCUUCAUUGUGUUGUCUGUACUUAUUUGUGAUAGCCAUGCUUGGAAGAACUUAGAUUGAACUGCAUAAAUACAAACUACAAUGUAAAUAGUCGUUUUGCACAAUAAGAUGUGUGUAAUAUAAAUGAACUUUCUCUUUUGAAGAGAAAAAAAAAUCUCACCUUUGACUGAAGAGCUGUUGUUGAUCUUUGGGUAUAUGUAUCUGAACUUGAAACAUGUGUGGUGUAUGACAUACACAGCAGUCCGGUAUUAAAAGCUU